AGCAACCAAAAUGACUUUUCUGUGGGCGUCUCUCACUUACCUAGUGCUCCUUGAUGUUGCCUGUGCCAUUAAGCCCAAUGUGAAAAAUACAGAGAGAAUUAUCAACGGGAUGGAUGCCAAUCGUGGUUCUUGGCCCUGGCAAGUCUCACUACAGACUAACUCACGUUUCCAUAUAUGUGGAGGUUCCCUGAUCAAUGAGAAUUGGGUUGUUACAGCUGCUCACUGCAAUGUGAAACCGGGAGUACAUUUUGCUUUCGUUGGACUGCAUAACAGACUUGAUAAUGCUGCGCCAGUCCAGUGGCGAUCCAUAAUCAAGGUCAUCACUCGUCCUGACUGGGACUCCUACAAUCUAAAUAACGACGUCGCCCUAUUGAAGCUGUCUAGUCCAGUGCAGCUGAAUGCCUACAUUUCUCCGGUCCGCCUGGCUUCUCCCACGGAAGUUUUACCCCAAGGUUCCAAGUGUGUCACAACCGGUUGGGGACGGAACAAUCUGAAUUCACAACAAUCCGCAGUCAUAUUACAGCAAGUCGUUCUUCCUUUGGUGCCGGUAGACGUGUGCCAGCAAAAACUUCCCAAACCGAUCACCAGUUCUAUGUUAUGUGCGGGUGGAGCUGGUGCCACAUCCUGCCAUGGCGAUUCUGGUGGUCCUCUGGUAUGCCAGAAAGGCUCCAGCUGGACUCUGGUUGGCAUCGUCUCCUGGGGAAGCCCCAACUGUAACGUCUGGACUCCUGCUGUCUACGCCCGCGUCUCCAAAUUCCGCAACUGGAUUGACCAAACAGUAGCUAGAAAUUGAUGACACCCAUGGGAAACACAAGACCAACGCUGUCACUGGGAUUCCGCCCACCCUCC